UCACAUUGAAUGAUCAGUAAAAGAAUUAUUGCAAUAAUUGUAAAUUUUCAUUCACGUUGAGCAAUACAUCAUGGAGAUGGAGUAAUAUAUGUUGCGCCCAAGAAGUUGCAGUGACUUGCAGGAUGUCGUACUCGGUCACGUGCGUAGGCAAUCACGGGACAUCGCGCAGACCGUCGCGUUCACCACUUCAAUGACGGCAGCUACGUCGCGUUGACCAGGUCUUAACAGUUUAAUUGAGGCGUCCCAGCGUCGGUUCUCAUGCAUCUUGAUUCUUUUGAAAUUCCACUCGCAAUCUUGAUCCCCCAGUCAUCCAUUCACACAAUUGGAGACGAAGAUAGCACUUGAACCUCUGGGUUUCAUGCAGCAACUUAACCUUUGACAUCUCUGGCAUGGGCAUGAAAGCGACGUGAUUUCGGCGUUUGUGAUUUCGAGUCUUCCUCAAUCGUGAUACCAGGAGCAAUCGAAUUACCGGCCAGGAUGGGGUUGCGUAUUGUGACAUGGAAUGUCAACGGCAUCAGGAAUCCAUUUGGAUAUCAACCAUGGAGCAUACAACGAACAUUUCAGGCAAUGUUCGAAACCCUCGAGGCGGACAUCGUUGUCAUGCAAGAGACGAAAAUCCAGCGCAAAGACCUCAAAGAUGAUAUGGUACUAGUCCCUGGCUGGGAUGUAUUUUUCAGCCUCCCUAAAUACAAAAAGGGAUAUUCCGGUGUCGCGAUAUACACCCGGAACGCAACAUGCUGCCCCAUCCGUGCCGAAGAAGGUAUCACAGGCGUCCUCCCAGCCCCAAACUCAACCACCAGCUUCCGUGACCUGCCGGAAGACCAGCAGAUCGGCGGUUACCCGCGCGCGAGCCAGCUCUCUAGCGAAGUAGACGAGGCGACGCUCGACUCGGAAGGCCGUUGCGUCAUCCUCGAGUUCCCGGCCUUUGUGCUCAUCGGCACCUACAGCCCCGCGACCCGCGACUCGUCUCGCGACGACUUCCGGCUGGGUUACCUCGGCGCCCUUGACGCCCGCGUGAGGAACCUCGUCGCGGCUGGGAAACAGGUCAUCUUGACGGGUGACCUCAACGUCAUCCGCGAGGAGAUGGACACUUGCAACCUCAGGGAGACGCUCCGCAAGGAGGGCAUGACUGUCGAGGAGUGGAUGCAGGGGCCAAGCCGGCGGUUCAUCAACCAGCUCCUCGUCGGUGGCCAGGUCGUCGGCGAACGCGAUGAAGGAAAGGAGACGCCCGUCCUCCAUGACCUGACCCGCAUCUUCCACCCCACCCGGCAAAGCAUGUUCACUUGUUGGGACACAAAGAGGAAUACUCGCCCGGCGAACAACGGCAGCCGGAUAGACUAUAUCCUAUGUUCGUCGGGCAUCAAGGACUGGUUCACCGAUUCCAACAUUCAGGAGGGGUUGAUGGGAUCUGACCACUGCCCCGUAUUCGCAGUCAUGAAUGACGUCGUGACAACAGACGGCAAGAAAUCACCCGUCCUCGACGUGAUGAACCCCAGCGGUAUGUUCCAGGACGGCCAGCGGCUCAGGGAAUGGUCACAAAAGGACCUACUCCCCCUAUCCGCAAAGCUCAUCCCCGAGUUCGACCGAAGACGCAACAUCCGCGACAUGUUUAUGAAGAAGCCCGCCCCAAAACCAGCACAAAGCCCCGUACCAAUUCACCUCGAGUCACACAGUCUUCCAACCGAAGACGAUGGCGACUACCCCGUGACGACUCAGGAGACGCAAGACCCGGAAGCCUCGCAGGCAACGACGACGACCGAAGAUGCGCCCGCCGCCUCACAGGCAUCCAUGCAGUCCAAUACCGGAAGGUUACCACCCCCCAAGUCGAUCCCCUCUUCGUCACAAAGCACCAACCCGCUCGUAAAACGACCAGCCGAAUCGGCAGCAUCUGCUAAACGAGCCCCCAAGAAGUCGAAAACCAGCGAAUCCGACGGUAAGGCCCAGAGCACCCUCAUGGGCUUCUUCAAGCCAAAGAACCCGCCACAACUACCACCAACCCAGUCUUCACUCGCCGAAGCAGACGCGGCGAGAACCAAUCAUCCACCAUCGCCCAUCACCAAGAACAAAGCCGCAAGUGGCGUUACUGCUGCUGCUGGCCCAAUGCGUUCCCUCUCGGGACUAUCAGAAGGGGCGGGCACGGUAGAACAGCCCGGCAGCAACGGUGGCGGCAAAGACCCCACGUUUCCUUCAUUCUCCCCGAAGCCGUUCGAGACGACGACCUCGGAAAAGGUCUUUGACCCCAUCGAGGUCAAGGAGUCUUGGUCAAAGUUCAACCUGGGGAAGAGAGUCGUGCCAAAGUGCGAGCACGGGGAGCCCUGCAUCAGCUUCCAGACCAAGAAACCGGGCGUCAACUGCGGCAGGUCUUUCUUCAUUUGCGCUCGUCCUCUGGGGAAAUCCGGAGAAAAGGAAAAGGGGACGGAGUGGAGAUGCGGUACUUUCAUAUGGAGCAGUGAUUGGAAAAAAAGCCAGUCUCAGGCGUCGUAGUUUAUACAUUCCAAGGGGCGAUAUAGAGGCACGCGGAACUCGGCGGAUGGCAUGUGACGAGUUGCACACAUUACCGUCGAAAAUAGACAGCUAGGUACUUUAGUCGUGCAGAAGAAGAUGAUUAAAGUAAUGAGACAUGAACAUUAUGAUUCAAUUAUUGUUUGAGUAAAUCUAUCAAACAAUCUAUAUCGCU